AGAGCAGUAAUACACCACAGAUAAACUAUCUAUCCUAUCCGUUUUAGGAUAUAUCCUACUGGAGAGGUUUCGACACCACAAACGAUAGAUAGAACAGGAUAUCGGCCAAUAGGUGGUGGUGGAGUUUAGGGGGACGUAGACGUUCUGUAUUAGAGCUGUUUUAUUAGUGGAUGUGUAUGCAUGAGUUCUGCACCGAAUGGGCGCAAGAACCGCCCCAGAUCCGCCGGGAACAUCUUCCAGAUCGGCAAGGCUCCCUACCGAGACCCGGAGAGGAGGGAGAGCACCGAGAGCACCCGCAAAGCCCAGCGCGCCGUGGCGGACUGCAGAAUGAUUGUGCAGGAGUUUAACACGCUUGUGGCGCUGUAUCGUGAGCUGGUCAUCUCCAUUGGCGAGAUCUCUGUCGACUGCCCGUCGUUACGGGCCGAGAUGCACAAGACCCGAACUAAAGGCUGCGAGAUGGCGAGAGCCGCAAACCAGAGCCUGUCAGUCAUUUCAGGGCCUGAGGACGGAGAGAUUCACCCAGAGAUCUGCAGGCUCUUCAUCCAGCUGCAGUGCUGUCUGGAGAUGUACAUCACAGAGAUGCUCAAGUCUGUCUGUCUGCUGGGAUCCCUGCAGCUCCACAGGAAAGGGAAGGAUUGCUGUGGGCCUCCCAGGAUUGACGGUAAGGUGGAUGAGAGCUCAGACAUCCCCAUUCUAGAAGACACCUCCUCCCCCAUGGACUGUCAUCAGCUCUGCUGGCUGGUCACCACAGACAUAGACAAUACUGAGAGGGACAUGAGAGAGAUGAAGAACCUUCUCAGUAAACUCAGGGAGGCGAUGCCUUUACCACUGAAGAACCAAGAUGACAGCAGCUUGCUGAACCUAACUCCCUACCCACUGGUCCGACAGAGGAAGAGACGGUUCUUUGGGCUCUGUUGCCUGGUAACCAGCUAAGGGGCCUGCCCUCCUGGGUUGAAGGCAGGAACGGUAAUGCUUAAGUUGAAGUGUUGUUCAUGGCACAUCCAUAAAGUGUCCUAUGCACAUCAUAAUUCAAGUGUCAAAAAACAAGCUAUAAAAGCUUUGUCAACUGGAAUGACACACAGUAUUUGCAUGUCACGAUCAAUAUAUUUAUUUGCAUUAUGACAUGGUGUCAUAAGAUAUUGACAGUUAUCAUAACAGUGCCCCAUAAAGGAAAGAGCAUAGAAUUAAAUAUUUUGUAAUGUGUCAUGGGCAACACUGCACGUAAAGUGCUACUGCGGCAACAAAGACACCAUUAACCACAAUCCUUCACCACUUGUGUCUCCCACCACUAUAUUACUGCCAUUUCCAAUAUCCAAUCCAGUUCUCUCUUUGUUGAAAAGGCUACCCCAUUUUAUAAUUUUAUUUUGUAAUACAAAGAUAAAUUGUAAUUGCAAUGUAAUGAAACCAAUAGUCAAAACAUAUAUUUUAUAUUUCUUUUCAUAUUCAUAUUUCUUUUCAUUUGGUACAGAAGUCCAACCUUUUUGUUUGGUACAGAAGUCCAACCUUUUUGUUUGGUACAGAAGUCCAACCUUUUCGUUUGGUACAGAAGUCCAACCUUUUUGUUUGGUACAGAAGUCCAACCUUUUUGUUUGGUACAGAAGUCCAACCUUUUCGUUUGGUACAGAAGUCCAACCUUUUUGUUUGGUACAGAAGUCCAACCUUUUUGUUUGGUACAGAAGUCCAACCUUUUUGUUUGGUACAGAAGUCCAACCUUUUCGUUUGGUACAGAAGUCCAACCUUUUCGUUUGGUACAGAAGUCCAACCUUUUCGUUUGGUACAGAAGUCCAACCUUUUCGUUUGGUACAGAAGUCCAACCUUUUUGUUUGGUACAGAAGUCCAACCUUUUCGUUUGGUACAGAAGUCCAACCUUUUUGUUUGGUACAGAAGUCCAACCUUUUCGUUUGGUACAGAAGUCCAACCUUUUUGUUUGGUACAAAAGUCCAACCUUUUCGUUUGUCAAAGGUCUUCGGAAGAGAGAGACCAUUUGAAACAAUGUCAACAUUUAGUUUCUUCCAUAAAGCUGAAUUGAUGAAUUAAUGAAUUGUGUGUAGGACACAAUUUGAUCCUUAAGUUUGUUUCAAAAACAAUGUUAGCAAGUACGACACUUGCCAUGUGUGGCAAUACUUGUCCAAUAUGACCGGUCAUUGAAGUUAGACACUUGCAGUAAACAGAUAUGCUAUUUUAGGGCUCCAUUCAAUCUGUAUCCCUGAAGCGUUAAAGAUUGCACAAUUGAAAUGUAAAGGUCAUUUCCGAUUGAGUUGACAUACGCAGCGUUUACUGUGAAUGCAGUCUCCGCUAACAUUGCCUUUGAUUUUUCAAUCACGCUUUAAAGCUGAACUUCCGUGAUACACACUGAAUAAAGCCCUUCAUUUGAUCACUCUGUUGUCACAGAUCAUUUUCCUGCUCCGCAGGAAAUGAAAACUUGUAGUGUAUUUACAUUUUUUAAAGUAUUCUAAAGUUUGUAAUUUCCAGUUUAAAAUGUCAGACUUGACUUACCCUAAUGUAAAAUUUAUCAACCCCUACAAAAAAAUGUCCAUUCAUUAUAAUCCACAUAAUAAUUCACAUGACCUGUUGCUGCAGGAUUAUUUUCCUGCUGUGAAAAACUAGUCAAAUUAAGAUAGCAGAUCUGUAUAUGUACACUACUAGAUAAAAGGCAUAGAGCUGUUUUUCCAGAGCAGAGAAAGUCUGUGCACUACGUCUGUUGUGAGUUUCGUUCUCUGUUUUCCAUUUUUAGCUGACCCUGUACUUCCUGUACUGUACUUCCUGUAUUGACCUUGAUUUAGUCUUCCAUGAACCAAACACCUGUACCUGACUUUUACUUUCCAUCUUCAAGGAGGAAUAUACUAUACAAUACUAACAAAAAUAUUAACUUCUUUGCACAUACAAUAUCUAUCUAUAAAUUAAGACAUUAGACAUACUCUAUGUAUGUAUAUACACAUACUCUCCAAUCGAUGAGCUCUGGAAAAUCUUCGAAGUUGAGAUAGAUUGGUGAAGUCUUGGUUGGCAUAAGCAGGUGACGUCUCCCUUUGUAAGGCACAGUCUGUGCGGGUAGUGGGGACUCAGCAUGGGUCUUGCUUAUUAGUAAUAGUGAUAUAUGUGUAGGGCAUGGAGAAGGUACAGUACUGUAGUCAAAGCUGAAAUAAAAAGCUGUAUGUCAUUUUACAUUGUUAAUAAACUUUUUUAUUUAAACCGA